AUGCUCGGCAUGCCGUCCGUUGUAUGUAGCACCGACCCUCGUCUCUCUUUUCUUCCGCUCUCUCGCUGUCUCCACUCAUUUGUUUCGUCCUCUUCUCUCACCUCGCCCUCUGCCCUACAUCCUCCCUCGGCCUCGCCUCGGGCUUCGACGACUGCCUCUUCUUCCCCUCCCCCCGUCCCUCCUUCCUCUUCUUCAUCCUCUUCUUCCUCCUCUUCUGCCUCCUCUUCCUCUUCUUCUCCCCCUGCUGCCGCGGCGUCUUGUCGCUUCUCGUUUCCGUUUCACAACAAAAAGGUGAACCUUUGUGUGACGAGCGUGGACGAAGACAAGGUGUUUGGGCCUCAGUCAGCCUCGAGCCUGGUAAAAGACUUUUCGGGCUUUGAGCCGGAUAUUGUGUUGCUUCCUCUGGGGUAUUUGGACUACAGCAAGAUCCUGCAGAAGCACAGCCGAGAGGCGCUCCUGAAGCAAGGCAAAAUGGACGCCAUCGACGAGGCACUCGUCGCGAGCGUUGCGUGUGGAGCCUACGUGCCUCUCAUUCAGCGCAUGCUUCUCCUCGAGACGCCCCACUUUUGCGUGGGCCGCUCGAAGCUUUCGGACAUCAGUUCCUUAGCCGAGAGGCUCUUUUGGCUGCCUGUGGAGCUCUACAAGCUCCUGGGGAGUGUCAUGCUCGGCAGAACGGUGAUGAUCAAAGUUCAGCGAACGGGAACUGCCGCGCCUCCGAAGGACGGAGAAGAAGAACACGAAGAACGCGAGAAAGCCCUCGCGCCGACGUUCUACAAGACUUUCUACGAAGACAGUCCGCGAUUCAUGGCCCUCAAAACCCACCAUUAUCUCCUCAUGUGGACCAAGUCGCCUUUCGCGAGACCCGAACCGAAACAGGAGUGGAAAGACCGCGAUUGGUGGACGUUCAUUCUGUUUGGCCGUUCUCGCGCGGAGAAGAAGCUGCGCACGGACGCGAAGGAACUGGAGCAGAAAUUGCUGGCGGAAUUCCCUCCCUCGUUGGCCAAGAAAGCGACGUGGAACAUCCUCGUGGUCUCGACUGACUCCGCGUACAGCCAAGUCGUCAAGUACUUCAAACAGAUUCCCCAGUGGAAAAACCAAACGCCCUUCUUUGCCGACAUGCACGAGCUAGAAGACACCUACACCGCAGCCUAUUACUCGGUGAUAGUGGUCUACAUCUUCGGCCCAACGUUCCUGCUCCUCGAACAGGCGUACAAAGGCACUCGCAAACUCUACAGAUUCGUCAAGGAGCAGAGCAAAAUAUCCGUUGGCGGCGACGAAUUUUUGGAUUUUUCGGAAGAGGCCGAAGGAGAGACAACGCAGCCAGUAUCGAAAGCGGGCGGCAUCUUCGGGUCCUCUGAAGGUUUCUCUUCCCGUGAGUAG